AUGGGUGACUGGAACCUGCUGGGAAAGCUCCUGGAAAAAGCCCAGGAGCACUCUACUGUGGUGGGAAAGGUGUGGCUCACUGUGCUGUUCAUCUUCCGCAUCCUGGUCCUGAGUGCUGCGACUGAGAAGGUGUGGGGUGACGAACAGUCGGGCUUCACCUGCGACACAAAGCAGCCUGGUUGUGAGAAUGUGUGCUAUGAUAUCACUUUCCCCAUCUCCCACGUUCGCUUCUGGGUGCUGCAGAUCAUCUUUGUGUCCACGCCAUCGUUGAUCUACCUGGGACACAUCCUCCAUCUGGUGCGGAUGGAGGACAAGCAUAAAGAGCAAGAGAAGGAAAGGGAACAUCCACACCAUUCCGACAAGCAAGCCCUCAUUGCGGAUACUAAGCACAAAAAGCCUCUAGUGAGGGACACUAAAGGCCGUGUGCGCCUGCAGGGGGAGCUCUUGCGCACUUAUGUCUUUAAUGUGGUUUUUAAGACCCUGUUUGAGGUGGGCUUCAUUGUGGCCCAAUACCUGUUGUAUGGCUUUGAGCUGAAGCCCAUGUACACAUGUGACAGACCCCCUUGCCCCAAUGUGGUAAACUGUUACAUAUCCCGUCCCACAGAGAAAACCAUUUUCAUCAUCUUCAUGCUGGGAGUGGCCAGCGUGUCCCUGUUCCUCAAUCUCAUAGAGAUCUAUCACCUGGGCUUUACCAAGUGCCGUCAGGGCAUCACCUUCAGGAGAGAUGAACAGCUGUCUGUAUGUUCCUCCAAGGAGCCCAGCGAGACUCCAGUGCCGUUUGCGCCAAGUUACGACGAAUACUUCCAUGGUCAUCACCAAGUCCAGCCAGCCUACCCGCCUGUACCCAGCUACAACCUCUCGCCUCUGUCUGAGGGCACAGACUCUUCCUUUCAACCCUACCACAGCAAGGCGGCAUACAAACAGAAUAAGGAUAACUUGGCUGUGGAAAGGAGCAGCAGCAAGCCAGAGGAAUGUGACCUGAAAGGAAAGAAGGGAGCAGGAUCAGCCCCUGGGUCACCUACGCAGGCCAGGCCCAGCCGCAGUGCCAAACACAGCAACAACAAGACUAGAAUAGAUGAUCUGAAGAUAUGAGGAGGUUUAUGUUUCUCUGAGGGGUCUUAAAUUGCUGUGAGGGGAUCGUAUGUUGUUUUGAAGCAUUCAUACAUGCCCGAGUGACUCCCCUCUUU